UCUGAAUUUCCGGCAUGUCUUUAGCUUCAUAUUUUUCUAUAUUUAAAGAGUAAUCAUUAUUGCACGAAUGUAUUUAUAUGAGAAUGCACUUGGAAACCAGGGGGUUGUUAAGGUAACAAUUGGAAGGGAGAAAAGGUACUGAAAGCGCGAAGGGAGACAAUGGGGAGAUAAACAUUAUUUUGUUAAAGCGUAUCUGUCCUCUAUAAUUCUUUUUGUCUCUCCCUCUUACACAUGUACGCACGCACACAUGAACGUUGUUGAAAGUAGAAGACAAGAUUUCCAGCAAACAGUCUCUUCGCGGCAGUUUUGUUCUUGUUUGUUGGCGGACUGAAUGCAAGAAUCUUUUCAAUACUAAACAGGUUCAUGGUAAUAAAAGCCAGACUGCAUUGGGUACAGCCAAACCCUUUUAUUAUCUGCGCUUGUGAAUAGGUCUCUAAAAUGACGGGAACCACUUGCAGCACCGAAAACAGGUCCAAACCCGCACCCUUCUAAACAAAAUGCGAAGGCAGGUGAAUGACUCCCAUAUUCCCUACCUGAAAAAAAACCCCACUCACACACCACAGUUCACUGCAAAGAGGAAUGACUGCUGGUCGGUUAUGAAGUUUUAAAAAAGACGACCAAGGUCUGAUAAAUAUAUUCGUGGUUUGUGCAGUUCCUCUUGAAGAAAGCGUGCCCUGGCCUUCUGAAUGUCGUGUUCGAAGAAAUAAGUUUCUUUCAUCAUGGAGUCAGCAACAGAUCAGUCGAGUGAGUCUUACUUGUUCACGAUGACCUCGGUGACGACUUCCUCGUUGUGCACCAACAUCCAACAAAACUCCUCCGACGUUCCCGCGACCCCAUCCUACGAAGAAGACCCCAAGGGUGCCUUUCUGUUCUGCGUCGCUGUAGUGUGCAUCUACGGGUUGAGCAUCGUCGCCUUCAUUGGCAGCCACGUGAAGAAGCGACAUGUUAACAAAGACGAGGAGCGUCAGAUCUCGCUCUACCUCAAGAAUGGACACCAUCCUGUGAACAUGAACGGGAACCAGUUUCGCGUACUUCGCUUCAAGACCAGCGCCCUCAUGUGUUCCACGCUGGGACAGCGUCGCCACCUGAAACUCACCUCGCAUGCCGAGUCAAAGAGUUCUCGCCACGCGCGAAGCAGCUUUGAGAACUCGGAUCACAAGAACAACCCAGAGAAGGUCGAUGACACCGAGGACAACGACAACGAAUCGUUCCUUCCACAAAGAGAAAAACCACGCCCAUCGGAAGCUCUCCAGCAAGUAGUAAGCAUUCCGUUAAAGCUGCGCAUGCCUGGUCAAGACCACCUGAACUUUUCCUUGGGGGGAUCGCAGGAGGAAACUGUCAACUCCUCUAGCGACGAAACUGACCCCCUUCGCGCUCCGGCUGGAGGUGACGAUGCGGAGGUCGAGUCUUCGGGGGUCAAGGACGAUGAAGCGAUGCUGACGUUCAUCGACGAACUUACAUCGAAACAAGAGAAUUGCGUCGAACUACUAUCCAACCAUCAUAUCAUCGCCGAAAGUCAUGCUGUUAACUGUUUGUUUCGUGAAUCUACUGAUGACACAGUGGAGACCAGUAGCAUUCAUGUCAACGGAGUGACGGUUUCUCCUGCCAAUAGUACAGGCGAGAGUGGAGUAGUAUGGCAGGCCGCUGUUAGCGCUCAGAAGCCUCGUCAAAGUACGAAUGAACUCAGAGUCAUGGAUCCUGAGGUGAGAGCUAUUAGACACUUCAGAGGUCGCCGGUCUGCUUUGUUCCCCAUCUAGGAUGUGUGAGGAAGAAUUUGAACUCUCCCCAGUUCGAGGUGCUGUGCAUAAUCUGUUUCAUCCACUGAGCAAGGUGUGUUACAUUGUUUAAUUUUCUCUCAUGAAAUAACUGCUUUGGUAAUGGUGGGGUGGCACCACGUAAAGCUCUUUGACAGAUGUGUCAGUGUAGUCAAGGUGGGCUGUUCACUGCUUCUCUUGCCCAAGUCGGAAGCCCAAGCUGAUGGAAGGGACAGAACUGGUGUAAAACUGUUCUCCACGUCAACCAGCUGGGAUAGUCUCCCCUUCCUCCCACCCUGCUUCUGUGCCACUCACGCACCUGCAGUUUUACCUUUUUUUUUUUUUUCACUCUACAAAACCUGCAACUUUCUUUAGUAUUUUUUUCACCACGCAUCUUCUGAGCUACAAAGCACUUCUUGAAAAUGAUGUCCUUUUCUUUUAAUAAAUUCAUGGUUGCUGCUAUUUAUAACCACACGCAUAGUGAAACCCACUGUUCACUUUUUUUUUUCCUUCCUUAAUGUUAGCCGUCAUCAUUAUUUAUGCAUCCUUAGACGCCAAAGUGGAAUCUUUUAGCUGAAAUAAAUCACAAAUUAACUGAAAUAACAAACUGGCAAAUAAAUUUGCUACUUUUUAAAAAAAAAUUUUUAUUUCCUUUUUUUUUUUUUUUUUUUUUUGUUUUUUUUGCAAAAGUUCUAGGCCACAGAAAACCAAGCUUAAACUUACUUCUGUCAACGUGAGCUCGCCGCAUCGUCUGUUCUUCAUACUGAGCCACAAGCGAAUUUAUGGUUUAACACCGUUCUAGAAGCUAACCUAGGGGAGCUGGGUAAUUGGUGUUUUACACCGAGCCAACAACUAUAUCUGUAUCACGGCAAGGCAGCCAGUCCUGUAAACAGAUGUCAGAUGCAGAGAAAGAAAAGUGUGCCCGAGACAAGAGCUAAAUCCAGGACAGACAGCCUUCACUGUUUCGGCGAGAUGCACUAACCGUGGUGCCACCGGGCCCGAAACUAAUGCGGGUAAAAUUCAUCUUUAAAGCAGUUUAGCGAUGUGUCAGUGAUCA